CACUCAACUAUAGGCUAGUAGUAUAAAAUAUUGGUCCUUUGAGUCCCUACCUCAAUGGUCUUCUGUACAAAAGGCAAAACCCUUGUGCAUCACAGCAGAGAGAACCAAUCCCCCAAAGCUCAACUGAGCAGCGCAAGAUCUGUUUGUGCUAAUCACUAAGGGACUUCGAUACCCUCUCUUGCCGGCAAUGGCAUCCAGCUACUACUAUUUAUGCACAAUCAUAUUGAUUUUUCUAUACGUUUCCGCUACUGCCGCUGCUGAUUCAAUUCAAGGAUGUGGGGGAUUUGUCGAGGCGAAUUCGGAACUGAUCAAGUCAAGGAAGUCAAGUGAUCCGAAAUUGGAUUAUUCUAAUAUCAUUGUUGAGCUUCGCACAUUGGAUGGCUUGGUGAAGGAAAGAACGCAUUGUGCCCCUAAUGGUUAUUACUUCAUUCCAGUGUAUGAUAAGGGUUCUUUCUUGAUCAAAGUCAAUGGACCGGAGGGAUGGUCAUGGGAUCCUGAACAAGUACCUGUUGCAAUUGAUCAUACUGGCUGCAAUGGCAACGAAGAUAUAAAUUUUCGGUUCACGGGGUUCACUGUAUCUGGACGAAUCGUGGGAAAUGUUGGUGGGGAGAGCUGCUCUCUGAAAGAUGGAGGCCCAUCAAAUGUGAAUGUUGAGCUAUUGUCUCCCACAGGUGAUGUUGUGUCCUCUGCAUCCUCAACACCCAGAGGAACAUACUCCUUCACAAACGCUAUACCCGGGAAGUACAAAUUACGUGCAUCACGUCAUGACUUGAAUGUUCAAGUUAGAGGAUCGGCCGAGAUUGAGUUGGGUUUCGAAAAUAGAAUAUUGGACGACUUCUUCUUUGUACCUGGUUAUGAUAUUCGUGGAUCUGUGGUUGCUCAGGGAAAUCCCAUAUUGGGAGUUCACAUCUACUUAUACUCAGAUGAUGUCACAAAGGUUGAUUGCCCUAAGGGCUCCAAAAAUUCACCUGGUGAUCCAGGAUUAGGAGAAGCACUUUGCCACAAUGUGACAGAUGCUAAUGGAAUCUUCUCGUUGAAAUCCAUUCCUUGUGGGGUUUACAAGCUUAUACCCUUCUACAAGGGUGAAAACACAGUUUUUGAUGUUUCACCUUCUUCGAUGUCGAUAUCUGUUCAGCAUGACCAUGUAGUAGUGCCGGAAAAGUUUCAGGUCACUGGAUUUUCUGUUGGGGGUCGUGUGGUUGAUGGAGAUGAUAAUGGCAUUGAGGGUGUUGAAAUUUUAGUUGAUAGACAAAAAAAAUCUAUCACUGAUAAAGAAGGGUAUUACAAGCUUGACCAGGUCACGUCUAAACGAUACACAAUAGAAGCAAAGAAGGCGCACUACAGAUUUGACAGGCUCGUUGACUUUUUGGUAUUGCCUAAUAUGGCUUCUAUCUCUGACAUCAAAGCUGCAUCAUAUGAUGUAUGUGGUGUUGCACAAACAGUUAGUUCCGAAUUCAAAGCCAAGGUAGCUCUGACUCAUGGCCCACAAAACGUCAAACCUCAAGUGAAACUUACUGAUGAGAGUGGCCAUUUUUGCUUUGAGGUUCCUCCUGGUGAUUAUCGCUUAUCUGCAAUCCCUGCAAAACUUGAGAACGCUAAAGAGCUUCUAUUUUCUCCUUCUCAUAUUGAUGUUUCAGUCAGGAGUCCGAUAUUGGAUGUCAAAUUCUAUCAGGCACAAGUAAGUAUACAUGGCUCCGUUGUAUGUAAGGAGAAAUGUGGUUCUUCAGUUUCUUUGACUCUUCUGCGCCUGGAUGGGAGAAAUAAAGACGAUAAGAAGACAAUUGGUUUGGCAAAUGAGAGUAAUGAAUUUUUCUUCUCAAAUGUUCUCCCUGGUAAAUACAGGGUUGAGGUAAAAAACAAUUAUCCAACAGCAUCAUCAGGACAAGAUAAAUGGUGCUGGGAGCAGAGUUUUAUCGAUUUAGAAGUUGGCGCUGAGGAUGUUAAAGGGGUAGAUUUUGUUCAAAAAGGUUUCUGGGUCAACAUAAUCUCAAGCCAUGAUGUGGAUGGUUUACUGACUCAACCAGAUGAUUCUAGAAUGAACUUGAACAUCAAGAAGGGUUCUCAACACGUGUGUGUAGAAUCUCCGGGAGUGCAUGAACUGAGCUUUCCUAAUUCAUGUAUUUCUUUUGGGAGUUCAUCUGUGAUUAUUGACACACCUAACCUUUCUCCUAUCUAUUUGAAAGGCGAGAGUUAUCUUUUGAAGGGUCACGUCCAUGUUGAAUCAAGCUCAUUUAGUAGCGUUGAGGGCUUGCCUGAGAAUAUACCGCUCGACAUUUUGGACAGUGAAGGUUCUGUUGUUGAUAGUCUAAUGGCAAGACGUGUGCCUUACGGAGUUGAUCAAUCGAGUGCAGCCAUCUACGAAUUUUCCAUGUGGGCUAGUCCUGGAGGAAAAUUUACUUUUGUUCCUCGAGAUGCACGGGAUGAUGGAAGGAAAAAAAUAUUAUUUUAUCCCACACAGCAGCAUGUUGCCGUGAUGCAAGAUGGCUGCCAAUCUUCAAUUCCUCCUUUUACUGGUCGACUUGGGAUGUAUAUAGAAGGAUCAGUUUCUCCCCCUCUCAAUGAUGUUGUUGUCAAAAUAAUUGCUGGAGGAGACAGCCAAAGUGCUCCACUUAAGCAAGGCGAUUUAGCACUUGAAACUACCACAGGGACAGAUGGGUUAUAUGUCGCAGGGCCUCUAUAUGAUGAUAUAAGUUAUAGUGUUGAAGCUUCAAAGCCUGGCUACCAUGUAAAGCAAGCUGGACCUCAUUCCUUUUCUUGUCAGAAACUGGGCCAAAUUUCAGUGCGUUUAUAUUCUAGAGAAGAUGCCAAUGAGCCUUUUCCGUCAGUUCUCUUAUCAUUAAGUGGAGAAGAUGGUUACAGGAACAAUACAGUAUCAGGUGUUGGUGGGAUUUUUGUAUUUGGAGACUUAUUUCCAGGGAGUUUCUAUCUCCGACCCUUGCUUAAGGAAUAUGCUUUCUCCCCUCCAGCAGAGGCAAUCGAACUUGGUUCUGGAGAGUCAAAGGAAGUCGUCUUUCAUGCAACGCGUGUUGCAUACAGUGCCAUGGGAGUUGUUACACUCUUGUCUGGUCAGCCAAAAGAAGGUGUUUCAGUAGAAGCUCGAUCCAAGUCAAAAGGCUUGUAUGAGGAGACAGUAACAGAUUCAACAGGAUUUUACCGAUUGAGAGGACUCCUACCUGAUACUACUUAUGUGAUUAAAGUAGCAAGGAAAGUUGCAUCUGGUGGAGCUACGAUUGAGCGUGCAUCUCCCGAGUCUCUGACCGUUCAGGUUAGAGCUGAGGACUCUAGGGGAUUGGAUUUCAUAGUAUUUGAACAGCCAGAGAGGACAAUUUUAAGUGGCCAUGUUGAAGGGCAUAGAAUCAAAGAGUUUAACUCACAUGUCCAUGUGGAGAUCAGAUCUGCUGCUGAUCCGUCGAAGAUUGAGUACAACUUCCCACUUCCCCUCUCAAACUUUUUCCAGGUGAAGGACUUGCCUAAGGGUAAGCACCUUGUGCAGCUCCGAUCAUCUCUGCCUUCAAGCACCCACAAAUUUGAAUCAGAUGUUAUUGAGGUUGAUUUAGAGAAAAAUUCUCAAAUUCAUGUGGGUCCGCUCAAGUACAAGAUCGAUUUCAAUCACCAGAAACAGGAUUUAACUCCGGCUCCUGUGUACCCUCUGUUUGUUGGAGUUUCUGUAAUUGCGCUUUUCAUUGGGAUGCCAAGAUUGAAGGAUUUAUACCAAGUCAUGAUGGGAAUGUCUUCAUCAGUGUCAGCAAAGAAAGAAGUGAAGAGACCAGUAGUGAGAAAGAAAACAUACUGAGGAUGUACUUGCACCAUUUUUAUAGGUAGGUGACAUGAUCUAUAAGAGCAGAUAUAGUUAUUUCUCGAUCGAUUGAAGCAAAUCUUCGAUGGCACAAGGAUCUCCUCGCCUCACAACAACCUCUAACUACGAUAGAAACCGAUACUGAGUUUUCCAAGGUUGUUAUCACUUGUUAGUUGUUAGCGCUUCAAAUUUUGACCAUUUUAACCUCAAAAUAUUUAUUCCUAUGCCAAUUUUUGGGAUGGUUUCAGUAAUUAUAUAUUUUUGAUUCCAUCCAUAUUUAGCUUUUGUAACUAACCAACUCAUAGUUUUCUUAUCUCUUUCUUUUAGUAUUUUGUUUUGUUACUUGUAAGAGUGUUGAAGAAGAGGAAAAAUGAUACCAAAAUAAAAAUGAAGAAUUCUUGGACGGGGGAAA